GUUAAGCCACCUCUUUGCAAAAUAAAAGAAGCGUUUCAGCUAAAUGGAUUACAUAGAAAGGGAGAUGUCAUGUUAGGAGGCAUUUUUGAAAUAAGUUUCAAAACAAUAAUGCCUGAAAUGUCUUUUACAUCAAAGCCUGAGCAAUGGACUUGUGAAAGGUUUGACAUAUCUGUAUUUCAAACAGCACAGACAAUGGUUUUUGCAAUUGAGGAAAUAAAUAAAGACUCAACUCUUCUUCCUAAUAUAACGCUUGGGUACAGCCUGUAUGACAACUGUAUGCACCUGCCUGUGGCUCUGAGAGCUGCAGUUGCACUGGUCAGUGGGUUGGAUGAAGUAAUUUCAGACGUCAGCUGCGAAGGGAUGCCACCUGUUCUUGCUAUUGUCGGAGAUCCUGGUUCAACAAAUACAAUUGCUAUCUCCAGAAUUACCAGCUUAUUCCAUAUUCCUCUGGUCAGUUAUUAUGCCACAUGUCCCUGCCUGAGCAAUAAAAAAGAGUACCCUUCAUUUUUCAGAACGAUUCCCAGUGACACCUUUCAGGUCAAAGCAAUGGUUAAGAUCAUCAAACAUUAUGGGUGGACUUGGGUUGGUGCCCUGGCAAGUAAUGAUGAUUAUGGAUUGUAUGCUCUGAAGAUUUUUAAUGAGGAAGUCAACAAAUUUGGCUGUAUUUCCUUUACUGAAAUCAUACCAAACCCUAGUGAAGAGAAGAAAUUACUGCAGGUUGCCAGAAUCAUUAAAACAUCUACAGCUAAAGUCAUUGUUGCAUUUUCAGGAGGAGCAAACCUUUUCCCACUGGCAAAAGAAAUAGUUCGUCAGAAUAUAACUGGAAGGCAGUGGAUUGCUAGUGAAUCUUGGAGUUUUCCUGUUGAAAUUGCAACUAAAGAAAAUUUUGGCUCAUAUGGAGGUACAAUAGGUAUUGCAAUUCGGAGAGGAGACAUUCCAGGGUUUCAAAAAUUUCUUCUUCAAGCUCAACCUGAACCUGGAUUAAGUAAUAACUUAAUCAACCUUUUUUGGGAGAAGAUGUUUACCUGUAAAUUUCCCACAAACAAAACAAAGCAAAAUUCAAGUAAUGAUUUCAGGUUAUGCACUGGGGAGGAAUACCUUAAGAACACAACCUCAGCAUAUAGUGAUGUUUCAGAAAUCAGGGCUUCAUACAAUGUGUACAAAUCAGUGUAUGUUUUAGCCCAUGCAUUGCAUGAUCUGGUGUCUUGUGAAAAUGGAAAGGGGCCUUUCAAAGACAAUUCUUGUGCAGAUAUUCACCGUGUUCAGCCCUGGCAGCUUCUGCAUUAUAUAAAGAAAGUAAAUUUUACAAAUCAUUUAAAAGAUAGGAUUGCUUUUGAUGAAAAUGGAGAUGCCAUUGGUAUCUAUGACAUUGUUAACUGGCAAUUAACUGCUGAUGGAAAUGUUGAAAUUAAAACGGUGGGAGUAUUUGAUGAAUCGGCACCUUCUGGGAAGGAGCUUUUCCUUGAGGAAGAUCAAAUCUUUUGGAACUUUGAUUCUGGCAAAGCACCUGAGUCAGUCUGCAGUCAAAGCUGUCAGCCUGGUACAAGAAAAGCCAGCAGAAAAGGAGAGCCAAUUUGUUGUUUUGAUUGUGUACAGUGUGCAGAAGGGGAAAUAACCAAUGAAAUAGAUUCAAUUGAAUGUAUCAAAUGCCCAGCUGAUUUCUGGUCGAACAAAGAGCGUAAUCAGUGUGUGUUGAAAGAAAUAGACUUCUUGUCAUAUGAAGACACCAUGGGCAUUGUGUUAACUUCUACAACAUCACUUGGCGUUUGCUUAUCAUUUGGAGUUUUGCUGGUUUUUAUUCGAUACAGGAACACCCCAGUUGUCAAAGCCAACAAUUCGGAACUCAGUUUUCUCCUUCUGGUUUCACUCACUUUGUGCUUCCUUUGUGCCUUGUGUUUUAUUGGACCGCCUUCACACUUCACUUGUGCACUAAGGCAUGUGGCUUUUGGCAUCAGCUUUGUUUUGUGUAUUUCCUGCAUUCUUGUCAAAACCAUUGUGGUGAUAAUGGCAUUCAAAGCAACACUACCUGGCAACAACAUGAUGAAAUGGUUUGGUGCUGCCCAGCAGAGAGGUUCAGUCCUUUUCUUCGCAUUUAUUCAGUCUCUAAUAUGCAUUGUAUGGCUCAGUACAUCUCCCCCUGUUCCUUCAAAAAAUACCAAAUAUCAAAAUGCAAAAAUAAUAUUUGAAUGUGAUGUUGGCUCGGUGACUGGCUUUAGCUGCCUCCUUGGCUAUAUUGGAUUUUUAGCAUGCUUUUGCUUUGCAUUAGCUUUUCUUGCAAGAAAUCUACCAGACACUUUUAAUGAAGCCAAAUUUAUCACCUUCAGCAUGCUCAUCUUCUGUACAGUUUGGGUGUCAUUUAUUCCUGCAUAUAUUAGUUCUCCUGGAAAGUACACAGUAGCUGUUGAAGUCUUUGCCAUCUUGGCUUCCAGUUUUGGAUUACUUUUUGCAAUAUUUGCACCAAAAUGUUACAUUAUCCUACUUAAACCAGAGAAAAAUACCAAACGAGCACUUAUGGGAAGAUAG